AUGCGAUACAAGUUACGGGGAAUCGCGAUGAGCAAGGAAACUCAGCCCUCCAUUUCUAACCGCACCGCACAAAAGGCGAGAGAAAAGCUUCAGUCCCUUCUCACAACCUCAAAUGCCACUGCAGCCUGCAAAGUCUCGAAAUUAAAAGUUUCAAAGAAUCUAAAGCUUCAAACGAAUGUAACAGUUCAACUCUCGCAGAUUAUAGGAAAAGACCAAGCGCUGUUUUUCAUAUCCUACUCUAAGGUUGAUCUAUCAGCUCACUGUGUAAUCCAAUAUGAUACUGUAUAUACACCCUCCGAGCAUUCUCCUACGUCCUCACUUCCGCAUGGCUCUAGACAACUAAUCAACAUCUCCCAACCCAUUGAUCAGUCCCAUCAUCCAAGCAUCAAUUGCUAUGAUAUGGUAGAAGUACGUAAAACUUCACCUCUCACUCCCUCCGCAGGUCAUCGCCAACCCGAUCCAGCAUAUUUGUUACCGAUAGCUCUUUUCUAA